ACACCGCGAUAAAUCUUAUGCGGAUUGAAUAAAAAUUAAAGAGAAAAAUGUGAAUGUCCUGGCAGUGUAACCGAAAACAAAAGAAAAAUUAAAGAGAGUUGUCUUUAAAAAGAAAAAUCUUAAUAUUGUACGCGUGUCGUGUUAACAAACUUAGAUUAUUCCUAAACUACCCUGAAUAUUUCUGUUAUAUGAGGGAGGACCCCCCUUCUUGGCAGUGCAGUCAACAUCAUUCACACCAACAAUGGCUUCUUCGAUCACAUUCUCCUGCCUCUUCCUCUCUCUCCUAUCUCUCUCCACCGCUUUAUCAUCUCCAGAUCUCCACCGCCCAUCUCUGUCCUCCGGUGACGUCCACGAUCUCCUCCCUCGCUACGGAUUCCCCAAAGGUCUUCUUCCCGAUAACGUCAAAUCGUACACUCUCUCCGACGGCGGGGACUUCACCGUCGACUUAAACACUCCCUGCUACGUCGACUUCCCCGGUCAAACCGUUUUCUACGAGAAGAAGAUCGCCGGGAAGCUCAGCUUCGGAUCUGUGAAAGACGUGGAAGGAAUCAAAGCUAAAGAACUUUUCAUCUGGGCAUCGAUCACCGCCAUGAAAUCGGAUCCAAGCUCUGGAGAUAUUGUCUUCUCCGUCGGAUUCGUAUCCAAGUCUUUGCCGGCGUCUAUGUUCAAUAAUGUUCCCUCUUGCUCCAAAAAACUUAGUCUUGAAUCUUAAAUCAAUCAACUUGAAGCUGUAAAAAACUCCUCCUUUUUUAUGUUGAUUAUGUAAUUCAUGAUAAAAGAUGUUAUCUUUCGAAUUUGAUUCGAACUAUAUAUAUGUAAGACUUGAGAUUUACAAAUCAAAGAAAACAAAAUGUCAAUAA